AAGAGCCUGCGGUGGCGGGAGGACAGAGGAGCGGUCCGACUGCCAGCCGAAGAAAUCAGGAAAUGCUUGUGAUCAGACCGAAGAGAUCGGAGAGUCUACAAAACGUUCAGCAUCUGUCAAAGCAAUGGACGAAAUUUAUAUGAAUGUUGAUCCUGUGAAUAAUGCCUGGCAAAUUCCUGCUAGAAAAAAUGAAGGUCCUGGCAGCUCUAAGAAGAAAAUCUAUGUGGGUGUCAUCAUCUUUCUGGUUCUUCUGAAUGUUUUGAUGCUGAUUGGACUCAUCAGCCUUGGUGUUUUCUUUCAUGAUGUGAGCAGCUUGGCAGCAGAUCUCAUCGACAACAAAGACAAUCUGACUGAUCGUCUCCAGUCCAGUAAUGACCAGCUUUCUGUAAUGACCGAAGAAAGAGACCGUCUGAAUGCAACCCUCACAAAAAUGUCUAACGAGAUGAUCAGGCUUCAGAGUUUGUUGAAGAAAAAGAAAACCUGUCCUGCAGGAUGGAUGAUGUUCAACUAUUCUUGUUAUUUCCUCUCUACAUCGUCUGGCUCCUGGGAUAAAGCCAGAGAAGACUGCAGGAACAGAGGAGGAGAUCUGGUGGUGAUAAACGACGAUGAUGAACAGGAUUUUCUUUCUACAAUCAUCAAAAAAUAUACAUGGAUUGGUUUGACUGAUAUAGAAACUGAGGGAUCCUGGAAGUGGGUUGAUGGCACUCCGCUGACUCAACUACUUAACAAAUACUGGGCAAAUAAACAACCUGAUAAUGGUGGUGGAGACCCACAGUGGGGGGAAGAGGACUGUGCACUUAUCCUGACUACUAAGUUAUGGAAUGAUCUUAAAUGUUCUGAUUCUCAGCAGUGGAUCUGUGAAAAGGAUCCAGUCUAAAUUGGAAGUAUAUCAGAAAUUGCUUUACAGUUGAGACUAAGUUUAGCUUGCUCUGCUUUAUGCUUGGCUGCAUUGUUGUCUGUGACUGACCUCUGUGGUCUCUGUGAACGUCGACAUGAAGGCCUGAUUGUAGUGACUGCAACACGAGUGUUCACCAACACUGAAACUUCAAAGGAUGGCGCUAAACACCCACCCAUCCAUCCAUCCAUUUCCCUAAUGGGGUCAGGAGGGUUGCUGGUUCCUAUCUCCAGCUACGUUCCAGGCGAGAGGUCGCCAGUCUUUUGCAGGGCAGCAGAGACACACAACCAUUCACACACACACACUCACACCUAGGGAGAAUUUAGAGAGACCAAUUAACCUGACAGUCAUGUUUUUGGACUGUGGGAGGAAGCCGGAGAACCCGGAGAGAACCCACCAUGCACAGGGAGAACAUGCAAACUCCAUGCAGAAAAACCCCGGGAAUUGAACCCAGGACCUUCUUGCUGCAAGGAAACAGCUCUACCAACUGCGCUACUGCACAGCCCCAUGCUAAACACCCUUUGAUGUUUUAUAAUAGUAAUAAUAAUCAGUCAACUCAUGAACAGAUGAAAAUAACACAAGACUUGUUUUAAGUAUAACUGUGGGGAGUUUCUAUUGUUGACCCCUUUGGAUUAUUUCUCAGGAACCAGAAGGACAAAAAACUGCACUGUGUGCUUAUUGAUAAAUCAUGUUAUUCAAUUCUUAUUCUUUUGUAAUAAUAUUGAGUAUCUGGGUUUUUCUUUGUGUUAGUUUAGGUUUUUGUGUUGUUUUCAGUUAAUUGAGUCUCCAUUUGUCUCUUGUUUCUCCUUAUUGUGUGUAUUUAAUCCCACCUGUGUUCCUGGUUCCUUGUUGGGUUCUCGUCUUGUCUGCCGUCAAGUUUGUUGUUUUGGUUUAGUUAUCCCAGUUGCUACCAGCUCUGAGUUUUGUUGUGUCUCAUCUGUACUGCCUGGAUUUCUGGACUUUGGAAUUGCAUUUUCACCAUUAAAUCAUCUUUAAUUCACUCCAACGUGGGUCCUCUGUGUCUGCCUCACCACCUCUCUACCACACUUCAUGACAAAGACAGUAAACAAACUAAAUCAUUCUCACCAUGAGACUCAUCUCUGAGUGGAGAGCAGCAGUUCAUCUUAGUGAAUAUGAACACAUUCCUGUCCACACAGUCUCAGUGACUCACAUUUACAUACGAUCAGGCCUCAACAUUUGAUCAUAUGAUCAAUUAUCAUUAACUAAUUUGUGUUCGGUGAACUUACAACCAUCAGAACAGCAAAAGGCCUCUUUUUGUUACUUGACAGAACAAAAGCUCCUAUCUGCUACAUUUACUGUACUGGUUUCUGUCCAUGUUGAUGAUGUCAUUGGAAAGUUUUGUAUGGAUGAUAUUAUCUUGAAAAGUUGGAACUGUAUUUUGUAAUUCCUUGUGGCUUUAAAAGGCAAUUAAAUAAUAAACUUGCAGAUUCUA